UUAGAACCUCCUUCCUCCACUCUCUCCCCGCCUCACUCAUACUCACACACCCCAAACUCCACCCCCAGGCACCUCCCUGGCCCCUGCUAGGUUGGGCUACUCGAGGAAGUUUCCGAAAGCACCAGGAAUACUAAGUUACUUUUUCCAGGUGAUUGCUUGUGAGACCGCGCUGGGCCCACCUUGGUGAGUUGCAGCCCAGAACUCUGGGCUCUGCUGGGAGGAGGAGGACGGGAAGUUGAAAAGGUCUUUGGACUUGGUGGCGUGGCUUUCAUCCUCAUGGCUUCACACCAGGGCCCCAGCGGUGAGUGCUCCCAUAUCAUCGAUCACACCCAUGUCCCCGAGUUCGAGGUGGCCACCUGGAUCAAAAUCACCCUCACCUUGGUGUACCUGGCCAUCUUCGUGGUGGGCAUUCUGGGGAACAGUGUCACCAUUUGGGUCACCCAGGUGCUGCAGAAGAAAGGCUACUUGCAGAAGGAGGUGACGGAUCACAUGGUGAGCCUGGCUUGCUCGGACAUCUUGGUCUUCCUCAUCGGCAUGCCCAUGCAGUUCUACAGCAUCAUCUGGAACCCCCUGACCAUGCCCAGCCAUGCCCUGUCCUGUAAGAUUCAUACUUUCCUCUUUGAGGCCUGCAGCUAUGCCACGCUCCUGCACGUGCUGACGCUCAGCUUUGAGCGCUAUGUCGCCAUCUGCCACCCCUUCAGGUAUAAGGCCAUGUCGGGGCCCUGCCAGGUGAAGCUACUGAUUGGCUUCGUCUGGGUCACCUCCACCCUGGUGGCGUUGCCUUUGCUUUUUGCCAAAGGAGUUGAGUACCCCCUGGUGAAGGUGCCCAAUCACCCGGGCCUCUCCUGCAACCACUCCCGCACUCGCCACCACGAGCAACCGGAGACCUCCAACAUGUCCAUCUGUACCAACCUUUCCAGCCGCUGGACGGUCUUCCAGUCCAGCAUCUUCAGCGCCUUCAUCAUCUACCUCUUGGUCCUGGUCUCCGUGGCCUUCAUGUGCUGGAGCAUGAUGCAGGUGCUCAUGAGGAGCGGCCAGGGCACGCUGGCCAGGAAGGGACAGCCGGCGCAGCUGCAGAAGUCGGAGAGCGAGGAGAGCAGGACAGCCAGGAGGCAGACCAUUAUCUUCCUGAGUAUCUGUGUACUUGGCAUGUAUUCUAUAUGAUAUAAACA